CACUGCAAAUUACCAGAAACCACAACCUGUGUUACAUCAGUGGUCCAUGUGUGCAUUAGACUUUUAGCCUAAAACUACAUUCACACUGAGAUAAAGUUAUUACGGACAUGGGGUGGAUCUACACUGUUAUAUGGUUUCUGUGUUUGUCAGUAAGGAGGAGUUGGCAGCAGCUCAACUCUGAGCCUGUGAUACAUGGAGAGGUCCACUCCCCUCAGUAUCCGGGGCCUUAUCUUCCAAACCAGAAAAAGGAAUGGGAUCUCUGGGUUCCUGAGGGCUACCAGAUCCAGCUGUCUCUAACACACCUUGAUAUUAAAGCUUCUUCUGGCUGCUAUCAAGACUCUGUGACGGUUCUCCAUGACCAAGAGGUCUUGGGGAGUUUUUGUGGGCAGAAAAAUUCAACUGAUCACCCAGACAAAGAGUCAAUCCUUUCUCCAGGAAACAGGCUGACCCUCAUAUUCCAAACAAGUGGCUCCACUCAAGAGCUCCAACAACAUACUGGCUUCUCUGCUACCUACAAGGCAAUAGACAUCAACGAGUGUUCAAAACCAGACCCUGGAGAUGGAUCAUAUCCACUCUGCUCUCAGAUCUGCAUCAACACCCCUGGUUCAUAUUACUGCUCCUGCCACAGUGGCUACAAACUUCAUUUAGACCAGCACACAUGUUUGUUCUCCUGUGGUGAUUGUGUAUUUGACAAGCAUGAGGGACAUUUGUCCAGUCCUUGGUAUCCUGGCCCUUCACCUCCGAUUCUGUCCUGCAAGUACAUCAUUUCUGUGGAACCCAAAUUCACCGUCACUCUAAACUUCAGUGAAAACUUCCACAUCGAGAGUGUGGACACUCAGCAAGGUCCCAGGUGUCUACAUCACUGGCUGAAGGUGACCACGCCAGGAAGAGAGCCCAUUAAGCUUUGUGGUGGAAAGAGUCCAGGUGUGCUAGCAACAAAUUCCAGUACUGUGAGACUGGACUACCACACUGAUAAUGAAGGCCUGAGUCAUGGCUGGAGCCUGGAUUACAGCACAUACAGUACAGAGGUCAAAUGUCCAUUUCCAGGUAACGUAGCUAAAGGCAGAGUGACUCCUACGCUAAUGGAAUAUUUCUACAGAGACUACAUCCACGUGACCUGUAAGCGAGGAUACAGGCUGAUAAUGGAUGGUCAAAAAAUCAGGUGGUUUUCAGCCAUGUGUCAAAGUGAUGGACAGUGGCAACUCCCUCUGCCAGAAUGCCAGCUAAUUGAUUGUGAAGAACCCAAACCUUUAUUGAAUGGAGGGUUGACCUUCAUGUCUGGAGCUCAGAAUCGGUAUGGUUCUGUUGUUCAGUAUCACUGUAAUGAACCAUUUUACUCUUUCCCUGGGGGCGGAAAUGUUAAUUUUACCUGUAAAGCAGACGGAAAGUGGAGAUCCAGUCACAAUGAUGCCACUCUAACAUGUAUACCUGUCUGUGGUAAACCCAGAAAACGUAUCUCUACAUAUCAGAGGACUGUUGGAGGAAGUGAAGGUCCUGAUAAUACCAUCCCCUGGCAUACGCUACUAUACAUAAAUGGACAAAUAGGAGGAGGCAUGGUGAUUGCAGACCGCUGGAUUUUGACUGCAGCUCAUAUCCUAACACAUGAUGGAAAUCUGGUAUCAAGAGAUGAUGUGCGAAUUUCCAUGGGACUUAUUGAUGUUCAAACCUUGUUGGGCUCUCAUGCGUAUGCUGCUUCAAUCCAUAUUCACCCUGAAUACAACAACCCUAAUGGCUUAGACUACAAUAAUGACAUUGCCUUGAUCAAACUGCAAGACCCAAUCACAUUCAACUCAUCCAUCAUGCCAAUAUGUUUGCCAGCAGAGGGUGCCACAUAUGUCACUGACAUGAUAGGACUGGUGUCAGGCUUUACCAUUAGAGACACUGACAACUACCGGAUUUUAACAAAUACCAUAAAGUAUGUGCACCUCCUUGUGGUGGAACAGGAGACAUGCACUGCUUCAGUGAAUGAGCUAAAGAAGACAAAGGACUUACCAAGUCUGACAAACAACAUGUUUUGUGCUGGAGUCCCAGACGGUGGGAAGGACUCCUGCCACGGUGACAGAGGAAGUCCCCUUUCUGUGAGUGCUGGAGGACGGUUCUGGGCUGCUGGAAUUGUCAGCUGGGGUGUUGACUGCAGACAUCGGGGAACAUAUGGAAUCUAUACCAGAGUCGCUAACUACCUGGACUGGAUCAACAAGACCAUGCAGGAGAAAUGAAUUAACUACAUUUCAUCACUUGGUUAAUAGAAGUGUGUGAUGCUGAACAAAACCAGUGACAAAUAUAAUUGAGAAAAAAAAAGUUAGAAGUUGUAGAAGUGUAUUGCCGUUUGGAGCUGCAGAACAAGUCGUAAACACAGAAGUGAUAUAUCAUUGACUGUGUUACUUAUUUGAAUGGCCAGCGGACAUACAGCAACAUUAUCAUUAAAUUGGAGUUGUGCUUGUGUCCACCU